GUGUUUGGUUGGUAGUGGCCGCCCUGUUUAACCGUUUUUUGCCGCUGACGCUCCAUUUUCAGUCGUUUUCCCGCCUGUCUCACACGCAAGAGCUCGAUUUUACUCUGUGUUACUGAAUAAUAAGUGAAAAUGUCUGGUCGUGGCAAAGGUGGCAAAGUCAAGGGGAAGGCGAAGUCGCGCUCGAACCGCGCGGGGCUCCAGUUCCCGGUGGGGCGAAUCCAUCGUCUGCUUCGGAAGGGCAACUACGCGGAGCGCGUGGGGGCCGGCGCCCCCGUGUACCUGGCCGCCGUUAUGGAGUACCUGGCUGCUGAGGUGCUGGAGUUGGCCGGAAACGCUGCUAGGGACAACAAGAAGACAAGGAUUAUUCCUCGCCAUCUCCAGCUCGCGAUCCGGAACGACGAGGAGUUGAACAAGCUCCUGUCGGGGGUCACCAUCGCCCAAGGAGGCGUGCUUCCAAACAUCCAGGCGGUGCUGCUUCCUAAGAAGACCGGGAACGCCCCGACUGGGGGCAAAGGGGGCAAGUCCCAGUCCCAAGACUACUAAUUAAGUUUCGUUUGAAAACCUUUUAAUUCAUGAUAUUUCCAUGUUUGUUAACCUCUUAGUUAAGUCUUUGUGUUUCGUUCUGUCAAUAAAUUUUGUUCUGAUCUAAAUAAAGGUGCAUCACUUUAAUAA